AUGUUUACAACAGCGAGACCGAGGCAAUUGCGCUGGCCAGUUUAUCCGAUGGCACUGGGAUUCGGAAAGGCGUACUUGUCAGUAGUUCCAAGGCAGCCGGCACCAACAGAUUUGGGCAAUAUAUGUGAGCAUCCCAUCGAUCCGGGCGACUGCACGGGCGUGUUCCAUAGAUUUGCAUUCGAUUCAGCCACCGGUGAUUGCCGGCCAUUUACGUACAGCGGCUGUGGCGGUAACGGCAACAAUUUCGGAAGUGCGUUGGAGUGCCGUAACAAAUGCAUCAAGCAGAAGAUGAUGCUUGGCGCAGAUGUUUGCCAGCAUCCGAUUGAAAUUGGCGAAUGCUCCGGUGUUUUUCCGAGAUUUGCAUUUGAUUUAUCAAGCAAUGAGUGCCGUUCGUUCACCUAUGGUGGUUGUGGUGGAAAUGGCAACAAUUUUGGAACGCUAGCAGAAUGCAGGACGACGUGUGUUCGAGCGCAACCGCCGGCCGUAGCACAGUGUCCACCAGUUGAUGUGUCGCAGUGCGUCGAACCGUGUGUUGUGUUUUCGAAUCGUCGCGGCUGCCAGGAAUGUGUUUGUCCGUUGGCUCGGCCAGAAAGCGAGAACGUUUUGUCUGGGCCACCGAAGGAGGAGCAUGAAAGCGAUGUAUCCGAGAGUCAUCCACCAGCUGAUACAGCACCUGGUGGCGCGCAUGCUGCUGGAGAAAAUCAGCCGCAGCGAAAUGUGGUCGAAACUGAGAGCGACUCAUUUUCUUCAGCGGACGCGUUCUCGCGAGUGAAUUCAGUGACCGAACUUGGCGAGAAAUGUGCCCAGCCUGUUGAUGCCGGUCCGUGCAAAAAUUUCAUUGAACGUUGGUUCUUCGACGUCAGCAGCGGUUUGUGUCAACCUUUCCGAUAUGGUGGUUGCGCAGGCAACCGAAAUCACUUCUUUUCGAAGCAUGAGUGCGAAAUACACUGCGCCCGAUUUCUGAGUAAGCUUAAAGCAAUAACACAAUAG